AUGUCAAAUAUGAAUUCACCUUCGGAAAAUCUUCAAGCAGAUUAUAAAGAUAUUCCAAUUCAUUAUUUAACGAACCAUCAACGAAUGAAAAAUUUACCAAAACAAAAUCUAAAUGAGAUGGAAACGAUUAUUGAUGAAAAUUGCGAAGAAAAACGUGUAAAAACAAGUGAUAGCAGAUGCAAUGUUUCAUCUGUAUUAAUGGAAGAACUUUAUCCGUCAUCUUUCUCUUAUUCUCCAUCAUAUCGAUCAAAGAAAGAACAACGAUCGAUAUCUGAUCCUCGACAAUCUCUUCAAGCAUUUUCUUACAGAACAUUUCUAUCAAACAAAUCUCCAAGAAGAUCAACAGUUAUUUCUCUUCCAACAAAACAAAAUCGAAAUUCUUCAAAUGAGUUUCCAAAUCAACAAACAAAUUCUUAUCCAAUUGAUCAAAUAAAUAAUGACGAACACGAUGAAAAUAUUUCUACACAAAUUAAAUUAAGUUUACCAAAAAAUUCUUCAACAAAUAUUUUCUAUCCACAUCGAAAUACGAUUAGUCAUUGUGACACAACACAAGCAUUUCUUACCGGAGAAUUUCUUUUACCAACAAAUCCACCAAUAACAGUAACAAUUGAACCCCAACAACUUGAUUUAAAUGAAAAUAAUUUCAAAAGUAAUUCAUUAAUUCAAGAUGAUCAAAUAUGUUCAACAACAACAACAACAACAAAUGCAAAUAGAACACAAAGAUCAAGUAUUGAUACAACAAUUAAACCAGCUUCAACUAUUGUUAAUUAUUUCAUGGAUUUAUUAAAACCAAGUGAUAAUAAAUUAGCAAUGAAAUUAUUUGGAAGUCGAAAAGGUCUUUUAAAAGAACGAUUAAGACAACAAAGAGCUGGACAUUGUAUUAUUCAUCCUUGUUCGAAUUUUCGAUUUUAUUGGGAUUUAAUAAUGUUAAUUUUAUUAAUCACAAAUGUUAUUGUACUUCCAGUUGCAAUCGCAUUUUUCAGUGAGGAAAUCAAUUCAGCACGUUGGAUUAUUUUCAAUGUUAUUUCUGAUGCGUUUUUUCUUUUUGAUAUUGUUGUUAAUUUUCGAACAGGUCUUUUACGCAAUGAUUAUGUUGAUGAAAUCGUAUUAGAACCACGAUUAAUCGCUCGAAAUUAUUUAAAAACUUGGUUUCUUGUUGAUUUAUUUAGUUCAUUACCAGUUGAUUAUUUAUUUUUAUUCUUUGAUACAAAAGAUAAUCAUUCCGGAGGAUAUACAAUCGCUCGAACAGGUCGAGCAAUAAAAGUUCUUCGACUUGUGAAAUUAUUAUCGUUAUUACGUUUACUUCGUUUAUCACGUCUUGUCAGAUAUAUUCAUCAAUGGGAAGAGUUUUUAUCAAUUGCGAGUAUGGUUAUGCGUAUCUUAAAUUUAAUUGCAUUAAUUAUUUUAUUGGCACAUUGGAAUGGUUGUUUACAAUUUAUGAUUCCAAUGUUUCAAAAUUUUCCAACUGAUUGUUGGGUUUCAUUGAAUGGUCUUCAAAAUGCUCCAUGGACUGAACAAUAUACUGUUGCAUUAUUCAAAGCACUUUCACAUAUGUUAUGUAUUGGAUAUGGAAGAUAUCCUCCACAAAGUUAUGUUGAUAUGUGGUUAACAAUGCUUUCAAUGGUUAUUGGUGCGAUGUGUUAUGCAGUAACAAUUGGUCAUGUUUCGGCACUUGUUCAAAGUUUUGAUACAUCAAGAAGAUUGUACAAUGAAAAAUAUAAACAAGUCGAAGAAUAUAUGGCAUGGAGAAAAUUACCACGAGAAAUGAGAAAUCGAAUAUCGGAUUUUUAUGAACAUCGUUAUCAAGGAAAAAUCUUUCAUGAAGAUACGAUUUUAACUGAACUUUCUGAAACAUUAAGAUUGGAUGUUAUUAAUUAUAAUUGUCGAGCACUUGUUUCAUCUGUUCCAUUUUUUUCAAAUGCUGAUCCAAAUUUUGUUUCUGAUGUUGUUACAAAAUUACGUUUUGAAGUUUUUCAACCAGGUGAUCAAAUUAUUAGUGAAGGAACUAUUGGAGAUAAAAUGUAUUUUAUCCAAGAAGGAAUUGUUGAUAUUAUCAAAGCAGAUGGAACUGUUUUAACAACACUUUCAGAUGGAUCAUAUUUUGGAGAAAUUUGUUUAUUAACACGAGCAAAACGUGUUGCAAGUGUUCGUUGUGUGACAUAUUGUAAUUUAUAUUCAUUGGAUUCUUCUCAAUUUGAAACAGUUCUCGAAUCAUAUCCAUUAAUGAGACGAACAAUGGAAUCAGUUGCUGCUGAAAGACUUAAUAAAUUAGGAAAAAAUCCUUCAAUUAUUUCAACUCGACAUGAUUUAAAACGUGAUGCAGCUGUUUUAAAAGAUAUUAUCGAUCGAAAUACUCCAAUUCCAUCAAGUGAUGAAUGUUCAACAACAGAUGAAGAAAAUUCUCCCGAUGAAAGUCAAUCGAGUUUAUCAACAAAACAUUUACAAAAUUCGAAAGAAAAAUUGAAGAAACGAAAGAAUUGUUCAUCAGAUGAUCAAACAUUUAAGAAAUUAAGUCGAUUGUUUUUAGCUGCACCAACAUCAUCCACACAAAAUUGUACAACAAAUGAAACUCGUCAACAAAUUCAUAAAUCUCCAUCAACACCAUGGUCACUUUUCAAAAAAACAGGUUCACCAUCACCUUCUCUUCCUAAUCCACCUACAUCUUAG